UAUGCUGCUGCAUCGUUUCCGGUAUGUUUGUUUUAAUGCUUGUUAGCUGUUGUUGUCUGGUAAUUCAGCAUGAGUGUACGCAGAAAAGUAUUUAAAACGGUACAUUUUCAAAGACAGGAGAAGAAAUACUCCGAACAUUGCUGUGUCCCACUUUGUUCGGCUUCGUCCAAAUUUAACGGUGUUUUAAGUUUCCAUAGUUUUCCGACUCAGUCCGACUUGAGAAAACGAUGGCUGAUAAACAUACGCCGGGAUGAUUUCACUCUUACCACUCACACUAAGGUCUGUAGCAGACACUUUGCCACUGAUCAGCUCAUAGAGCCAACGACCCCUGAUGGUCGAAGAAGACUGAUUAAAGGUGCUGUACCAACGCUUUUUGAGUGGAAUGGCUUUAAAGUUGAGCCACUGCGGCGUAGUGUUUGGGAGAGAACAGAGCGACCCACUGAACUUGUCCAUCUUGAGGAGCAGGAAGAGCAGGGUCUCUCAAAUGAUCAUGACUACUGCUCAGUCCCUGAACCGUCUGCAUUGGACAUGUCUGCAUCAGCUGCAGAAGACCUGUGUAAAGAGGUAGAGGAUCUGAGGAAGGAAAUACAGGAGCUGCGUGUCCAGCGUGAGUUUGGAUUACAGCGGUUUGCUGGCUCCGACACCGACAUCAGAUUCUAUACCAGAUUUCCAAGCUAUGACCAUUUGAUGGCAUUUUGGUUUUUGAUUGAGCCUUGCAUUUAUAAAAUGGUCAGGGUCUCAAGAGCCAAAUCAGCUGCCAAGAGGAAUGAAGAAGUGGUGACACCUGCACGUUCAUCAACAAGGCAGCUGCUCCAGCCAAUCGAUGAGUUCUUUCUUUUUCUCGUCUUCCUGUCGGUUGGUUUGAAGGAGAGGGACCUGGCACAUCGAUUCAACAUACACCAGUCCACAGUGAGCCGUAUUAUUGCAACAUGGACAAGUUUUCUUGCCACUGCACUGGGGUCUCAAUGCAUCUGGCUUAUGCGUGCAGAAGUGCAGGCUUACCUCCCUGAGGAAUUUAAAGAUUUCCCAGACACCCAGGUCAUCCUAGACUGUACAGAGCUGAGAUGCCAAACACCAUCCUCACCACUACUCCAAAGUGAAAUGUACUCCUCAUACAACUCCCACUGCACUAUGAAAGCCCUGGUUGGCAUAGCUCCACAUGGUGCAGUGACAUUCAUCUCUGAUCUGUAUGGUGGUUCGAUUAGUGAUAAGGAGCUAUUCAAGCAAUCAGGCAUCGCUGAGAAGUUGACCGAAGACAUGGCAGUGAUGGUUGAUAAGGGCUUUCUAAUCAGUGACUGCUGUAAGUACAAAGUGUACUGUCCACCUUUCCUGUCUAAGCAGAAGCAGAUGCCAGCAUACCAGGUUAAGGAGACACAGGCCAUAGCCAGACUGAGAGUACAUGUGGAGCGAGUCAUUAGGAGGAUAAAACAGAACAAACUUUUUGAUGGCAUCAUCACCUUAUCACAUGUCUACAACAUCAACCAGCUGUUUGCAGUGGCAUGUAUGCUUUCAAAUUACCAGAAUACAGCUUUAGUUAAAAAAUGGGUUAAGUGA